CCCACGACAACACGGGCGAACGUGAAGCAGACGUGUUGUUAUUUUUGUAUUUACUAUUAAUCCCUGCAAGUAAUUGUUAACAGGCAGUAACUCGUUGCCUGCUACGUGAUAUAUAGCCGUAGAUUCUAGUUUUAAGAAAAAUGGCAGAGAUUAAACAGGCCCUGAAAGAGGCCAAAAAGGCUAUGAAAGAGAACAAUUUUGAAGAAGUUAGUAAACAGUGUAAGAUUGCCUUAAAGCACGACAGAAAAAACUACAAUGCGCUUGUCCUCUUUGGCCGGGCGUGCCAGGAGCUGGGGAAGUUGGGAGAUUCAAAAAAGGCUCUUAUGAUGGCAACACAAGUGGAUUCGGAGAGCCCAGUGGCAUGGCAGGGUCUGGCAGUCCUUUGUGAUAAACAGGCAGACAUUACCACGCAUGAUGAGACUAUUACAAUAUACACAAGAUUAAAGGACAUUGUUAAGGAUGAUAAUGAGAAACUGGACAGCAUCUACCGCAAGAUUGCCACAGUAUAUCUUGAGAAAGAGGAACCCUUGUCAGCUGCUGCAACACUCAGGGAACUGGUGACUCGGCUCAAUGAACCUGCCAAGAUCACGGAAGGCUGGCGUAGCAUUGCACAAAUUCUUUCUGGCAUUAAGGAACUGUCAGAAGAAGAGGCUCCAAAGCUGGAGGAAGCACUAGAGCAUCUCCUGAAUGAAUCUGUCUUGGGAGAAAAUGAGAGUAACUACCAGGGCUACCUGCGAAUAUUGUAUCGCCUAAGGAAAUUCCCAAAAUUGAUUGUGGCUGCACAGAAUAUGCUGAAUAUAUUUCCAACGUAUUAUCCACUGGAGUGGAUAUGUCGUAUAUUUGUGGAGAUGAAUGCAUUCCCUAAAGAAGGCGAAGACAAAUUUCCUCUGAGCCAAGAGGAAUUGUCAGAAUAUAAUUUAAAACUCUUAACUAUGAAUAAGGCCUCACCAUGGGGUAAUUUGGCAAUGGGGCUGACUUGCAAACUUGAGAACAAGCUGGAAGAAGCCAAAGCAUACCUCAGAGUUGGUGCUGACCGUGUCUCAAACAACAUGCUGGGGUGGAGGCUGCUCCUGAUUGUACAAGAGAAGACCAAUGAUUGGCCAGGUGUAGAAGUGUCUUGUAAGAAAAUAAUCAACAUCUUGAAGGCUGAGUCCAAAGUUUCACUUCCUGACAGUGAAGAUGCUGAGUCUUACUCAAUAAAAAUGCACCUCAUGCAAGCAAAGGCAUUGUUUUACAUGGGCCAUAUGAAUCACUUGAAGCAAGCAGUAACCAUUUUAGAUGAGUUGGCUGGCACAGAUCUGGAGAGUGGAAUCUUGCUGGUGAGGAGUAGAAUCAGACUGAAGGAGUUUAACGAAGCCAUGGAUGAGAUAGAGAGACUGCAGUCUGCUCAUGGUAAACAACCACGACUGAAACUCCUUUUAGCCAUACUGCACAGGUCUCGUGGGGAGAGCCAAGAGGCAUUACAAUUGCUCAUGGAAUAUGUUGAGGAAGAGCCAUCCGUGGGAGAAGGUCAUUUGGAGAUGGGCCGUUUGUAUUUUGAAAUGGGAGACUUGAAGAAAGCCCAGAUCAGCUGCAUGAGAGCUGGAAAGUUGGAUCCUACUCUUGGUCAAGCAUUCCUCUAUCUGGGCCAUUUCUUCAGACGUCAGGACAACAUGCCAAAAGCUCUGAAGUGUUAUGAAAAGGCUCUCUCCAUUAAUCCCUGUGAUGAUGACACUGGAGCUUCUUUGUCAGACUUGUACAGGAUUCUGGGAGAGCAUGAUGCUAAUAUUCGCCUUCUCCGCCGUGUCACAAGUGAAGCUGGUCGUGCAUCAUGUGCUUGGGCCUGGCUUAGGUUAGGGCUCCACCAUCUUGCUUUGCAUGAGUAUGACAAAGCAAUUCAGGCAUUCCACUGCACACUGACAAUCAAUCCAAAUGACAGUGCCAGCUAUGAGUGUCUGGGUGAUGCCUACCUGGCCUAUGGUGCCCACACCGCUGCUCUGAAGGUGUUCACAAAGGCAGCAGAGAUUAACCCAAAUGCUCUCUACCCACUCUACCAGAUAGCCCACAUAAAACAGAUGGUUGGAGAGAACUUGGAAGCCAUAGCAGAUUAUGAAGCAGUGUUGGAACGUGACCCGAUUCCAGCUGUGCAGGUGGUGUCCCUGGUGGGUUUGGCUGAGGCUCUGAUAGCAGAUGCACGCAAGUCGUAUGAGCAAUUUUUCCACAAAAACGUGAAAGACGACUGUGUGCGAGCAAUUCCACAUCUUAUGAGGGCAGCAAGCAUAAAGCCAGAGAGUUCGUCCAUUUGGAAGCUGUUGGGAGAUGCAUGCAGCCUCCUCUUCCCCAUCCCUCCUUCCCUUGCCACCUUCACUGUUCCUGCUAAGCUCAUGGACAGAGAGGUAGAGGAUCUUCAGGAAAUGGUGGAUGUGGACAAACUCCAGGUCCUGCAGUUGGGUGCCAGGUGCUAUGCAGUGGCCCUUCAGAUUGCCAGCAAUGAUGCGAGUCUGUGGCAUGACCUUGCAGUGAACACAUACCUUCAGGGGCAUCUGAUGGAGCAGGAAAAGGGGGCAGAUGAAGCAGCUGUCAAGAGUUUAAUGGAACGCUCGCUGGCAGCUCUGAGGAAGAGUCUUGCACUUGAGCCAACCAGUGGGAAGAUCUGGAAUUCCCUUGGUCUUGUUGCUUCGCACAAAGCUGUAGGAGAGUUGAAACUAGCCCAGCAUGCACUGAUCAAAUCAACAGAACAUCAGCCAACAGCUGUGAAUUGGACUCAUUUAGGAGCUUUUUAUUUAGUCCACGAAGAGCCCCGACUUGCUCAUGAAGCUUUCUCUGUUGCGCAGGCCCUCGAUCCAUCCUUCGUCACGUGUUGGGUUGGCCAGGCUCUUGUGGCUGAGGCUGUGGGCCACUAUGAAGCUUUUGAUCUCUUCCGACACACCACAAUGCUGGGCAUCCAGGUUGAGAGUUGUAUGGGGUAUACCCAUCAUGUUAGCCAGCUUGCUUGUGAUGUUAUCAAUGAAAAGAAAUCAAGAGUGCAGGAGGCUGUGAAGCAGGCUCUUCCUAAAGUAUCAGACUGUAUGGUGUAUUACACUACGGAAGAGGAGCGAGAUCCAGUGGGUCUGAACAUGGCAGGACUGAUGCUGGAGAUGAUUGGUCUCUACCAGUCUGCUGCCAGGGCCUAUGAGAUGGCUCUCACAGCACUGGCAGAUUCAGACGAGUCUGAUAGAAAAUUUUUGGAUGGUGUCCACUGCAAUCUGGGAAGAACACUUACUGCACAAGGCUUGGUGGAGGAAGCCAUGCAGCAGUACAGUGCCAUCAAAGAGCCAGACUACUUCACUCAGUGUGGCUUAGCUCUGGCCAGUUUAAAAGCGGGUAAAUUUGAGGAGGCCUACAAUGCGUACACAGCAGCCCUCCACUGGCUGGCCCCAGAUGACACGCAGAAAUCUCACAUCCUUGUGGCCUUAGCUUCCCUGCAGUACAAGUUCCAGAACUGUGAGGAGGCAAAAAAACUCCUCUUCCAAGGAUCCCAGUUGAAAGGUGCAUCAGUGCCUGGGUUGUUUGCUCUAGCAGCUCUGGGGCUAAUUUCUGGAGAUGCAGUUCUUACGGGGGCAGCUUUAGCUGAACUGAGGCCAUAUGAGCACAACCCAGAAUAUGUCCAUCAUGUAACCUUCCUCAGAGCAGCUGAAGCCACUGCGAGGAGUAAUAUGAAGGAAGCCAAGUUAAUCCUGAGCAAAGCCCUUCACCAGCACCCAGCCAAUGCUCCCUUGUGGCAGUCACUGGCUCGUCACCUUCUCACUAUGACUACCUCAUCCUCAGCCAGUAGCCAGAGGCACUGUAUGGCAGCUGCUGCCUGUGCUGCCUCUGCAACUAAGCUAGCACAGGCAGCUGGCCAGCAUAAGACCAUUGCACAGGAUUCAGUGGCAAGUGUCCUAGCUACAUUAGGUUCUGAAGGAUCUAAGAUUAACCAAAGUCGUGCUAGUCUUCGAGAAGCUCAAAGGGCAGUCCUCAUGUGUCCAGGAUCAGCAGAGGCUUGGACAAUGUUGGUGGCUGCUAGGGUGGCUGCAGGCCAUGCACAAAGACACAAGGAUGUUGUUCGGUUGGCAGAGAUGUGGGCUCAGCAGGCACCACCAAAAGUGGCAAAGUGGUUGAAUGGCAUCGCAAGGCAGUAUGUUAAGGUUGCAUGAUGUGAUCAGAAUUUAGGUCACUUUAACCAGGAACUUUAAGGAACACAGAAACUUCCAAAGGAUAACGUCAUAAUAGACUUUCUUUGAAUGGAAAAUGGAAAAUUAAUCAUAUUAUAUGCACAUAUUAAUGGCUGUGAUGUAAUCCUGUUUGUACUAGCUCAAAAUCAGUUAAGCAUAAACUAGUAUUGCAUUGAAUUUAUUUUACCCAGUGAAUGUUGGAACCCAUAGUUUUACUGAACAGUGCAGUCUUCAGCCUCAAUCUGCUUACCUAACUACUUGUUCCCUUUCAAAAGUUUGGUUCAUUUAAACUUCAGUUCAUUUUCAGUCUGUUGAGAAUGUAAAGAGAUCUUUAUGGUCUUUUCCUUUUGAGACAGCCCCAAUUACAGUUGUAAUGCAUACAUUUAAUUUAAAGUUUACAAUAUGACAUUAACCCUUACUUAUAUUUUCAUGUUUCUGAGUUUACUGGCUUAAGGUGUAUUGCAGGCUUUGUGUAUUCAGGUAAUCCUAUGAAUAAAAACGAUCAAUGAUGACAGAA